GCUCGCUGUCGCUGCCGGGCUUUUCAAAAGGACGACGAGGAGAUGAGAGGAAGAGUGGCGUUCUAGCGUUCAGCAUUCACCGGCCGGUGCUCUACUCGCAGCAAGCGAACUCCUCCAAGAAAGCCAGCAGCGCGCGUCGUCAAAGUCUCCGGCGUGCUAUCCAACCGUCGAGGAGUCCAGUGAAGCAUGGCGGCCGCGGCGAGAGCAAUCGUCUGCGAGGCGGUGGCGCCGCCACCCCCGUCGCAGCAGCCGAGGCGGGAGGGCGGCGGCAAGAUCGUGCUCCAGCCCCGCCUCUGCACGCUCCGGUCGUACGGUGCCGGCUCCGGCGGCAGCGACGCCGUGACGCGCAAGCGGCUGCCCGGGGAGGCGGUGGAGGGCGGCAUCGGGGACAUGGGCCGGGGCGCGCCCUUCUUCGCGUCGCUGGCCGACUACAUCGAGAGCUCCCGCAAGAGCCAGGACUUCGAGACCAUCUCCGGCCGCCUCGCCAUGGUUGCGUUCGCGGCGGCGGUGGCGGUGGAGGCGACGACGGGGGACUCGCUGUUCAAGAAGCUGGACACGGUGCAGAUCGAGGAGGCCACGGGCGCGUGCCUGGUCGUGGUGGCCUCUGCCGCCACGUUCGCGUGGGCGUCCAGCGCGCGCGGCAGGAUCGGGCAGGUGCUCACCAUCGGAUGCAACUCCUUCGUCGACUCGCUCAUCGACAACGUCGUCGACGCGCUCUUCGCCGAAGGCCAGCUGCAGGACUGGUCCGACGACGUCUGAAUUCCAGUGCACACAUCACAUGUACCGUGUACACGUGUAGAUACGACUACUAAGAAAUGCGUAUGAUGGAGUAGUAUUGUAGGAUUACUUAAUACCUAGAGAUCAUAGCGUUGUUAAGACAAAACUAUGCAUUCCACGAGUUCUACGGCUGCACGGAAGCAGGGCAGGGAAGUGUUCCUGUAUUUCUUCAGAGAUCGAUGCCAUGGCACGGUACCAGACAUCUCCUCUUCCGCUGAGGGUUCUAUUUCUGAAUGACACGAAGGUACAUGCUUGUGUAGCCGGGCCGUUCUACCAGACUAUCAGUUGUAUAGAUCUCGCGAUCUCUGCAACGUUAUGGUGUGUACUGGGGUGGAGCACUCCCUUAAGUUAACUGUAAUACUGUACCCUUGGCAUCUAGAGCUACUGAUACUGUGAACUACUAGAGACAACCAUGUACUCUACUCUCUCAGGAAUGAAAUAUGUCAUCUUCGGAGUAUUCUAGAAA